AAUGAAAAUGUUGGUCCAUUUAAAUUCUGAGUUUGUUGAGUAGACUCAACUAUAAUUUUGUAACAAUCAAGUACAAAUGCGAUACUCUGAAGUUAAAAGCAUAGCUUCCUGUUGGAUAAUCACUUCAAGUCUGAUAUUUCUGCUAUUGUUGAGUAUUCUUCACUGGUACACAGACUCAGAAUCCAAUAGGUGUAUUCUUACACGCAUGAUGGACAUCCCAAUGUUUGAAAAAAUCCAUGUUGAUUGUCAACAUAAAUGCUAUAUAGACUAUGGAUUGUAUCGAUAUCAAGAAGGUUCUAGAUUUAGAUUUAGACCAUACAAUAUGCCAGUUUUGUUUGUUACAGGCAGUCAAGGGAGUUUUAGAACUGUUCGUUCAUUGGCAUCAACUAUGCUUAGUUUUGUACGCGAUAAUUCGCCUUUUGACUACUAUACUGUCGAUUUAAAUGAGGAAGUAUCUGCUGUAAGUGGUGAAAUUAUUGAACGUCAAACUGAGUUUGUUGACAAAGCUAUUGACACUAUUCUGCGAAUGUAUACCAAACGACCGAAUUCCUCUAAACAUGUGGUCUUAAUUGGUCACUCUGUUGGGUCUGUCGUCAUCUUCAAUCUGUUAUCAUCACGUUGGAGUUUAAAUCAGACUAAAGUGAAAUUGGUGUUUUCCUUAGCUAGUCCUAUUCGUCAACCAAUUAUUUUAUCAGAUCGUAUCUUGGCACACAUAUAUCAACGUAUGCAUAAUUAUCUAAAUCGAAUUUCAAAAAUUCCUAAUUAUCCCUUGGUAAUAUUAUCGAUCACUGGAGGUUCUCGGGAUAAACUAGUUCCUGAUUUAUUCGGAAAUCUUGAUCAAGAUUAUCCUGGUUUAAAUUCACUCAGUAUUUCAUCAUCUGCAAUACAACAUGUAUGGGCAUCAUGUGAUCAUCGAUGUAUUCUUUGGUGUUUACAAUUAAUGUUGGUAUUGAACAAGUGUUUACUUGAACAUCAAUCUUUGUCUGAUUCACCUAAACUUCGUCUCAAUGGGUUUCGUGAUCUUCUCAUAACCAAACCUUUGAUGACCAAUGCUUAUUCCGACGGUAGAGCAAAUAGCUUCGAAGAAUCAAUAUUGAAAACUUCUCACUCAGUUGCUUCACAAAUGCUUUGGAUUGACAAGACGUAUCAAAUAAAUACUGUUAUGCGUUUUCAUGUGCCACUUACUGGUCAGUUGGUUAAACUUGGUCCAUUUUUCCAAGAUGUGAAACAGUCUGUUCUCCUACUAGUCACUAAUGCACCAGAAGAUUGGCUUCAUUUAUGUAUUAAAACAGAUGAUGAUAAUGGUAAACACUGCGAUUACUUUAUUCCAAUUGAAUCAUCAACAUACCUCACAUGGUUACCUGAUCCUCUAACACGUAGAUCAAUGGCUGCUGGUAUGAUUACACUAUCAACUUUGAAAAGCUUACCUUUACUUAACCACCAUUCAUUGGGGUAUGAUUCAAAAAUAUAUUUGGUUGUCUCAACUGGGUCAAAUCCAUCACGAAACAGUAUGACAAUCUUUUUGGAGACAUUCAAUAAAGACAGUGAACGUCGAAUACACUCUAAUUUACCAGAUUAUUCUACUUUACAGUCAUUCAUUUAUCCAAACUGGUUAAUUACUCUUAAGCCUCAAUUAUCCGGAGUUUUUCAUCGUUUUUAUCUACCUCAAGAAAAAUAUUAUCUUAGCUCAUCUACAUUAACACCAAAAUUACUUAUUAAACGACGUAAUUGUUCGUUAGAUAAACAAUUUAUGGGAAUGAUUACAAUGAACACGCUUUGGUGUAACUACUUUCAUUAUGUUGCCAUUGAAGAUGAGGAAACAGAAAUAUCUCUACAACUGCCGGUGUCAUAUCCAUGGCUAUCGAAUUACUCACAGGAAUCAUCCUCAUUUGUAGAUCUAUACUUGGAUCCAAAUUGUGUCUAUGAAGUAUCAGUUUAUUAUUCUCUCGUCAGUUGGUUUUCACAAUUAAUUCGACUUCAUUGGACACACUUUGGUGGCCUUCUCUGUGGACAUUUGUUAUUGUCAUUAAUGCUGGUGACUGUCAAAUUAAUCAAAAUUAAUGAAAAUAAUACUUUGCUUUGCUAUCGGCGAUCAUUACCAGUUCAUGAAGUUUACUGUCAUCUAUCUGUGGUCUGUAUUCAUUUUAUCAGUUUUCAAUUGAUUCAUUUACCAUUUUCAGAAUGGAUUGAAUUACAACAAUAUGGACAACUUGGUUUACGCUUGAUGACUACACUUCAAUUAUCUGUUAUUCAUCAAUCAUAUCUAGAGCUUAUUCUUGCUCAUUUACCCUUUUUCAUUAUUUCAAUUCCAUGGGCUUUUUUAAUCCCUAUUGGUAAUUACCUUCUUGAUGGAUUCCUUUUGUUUAUCGCUCAAAUAAUUCAACGCAUUUCUUCAGGCAAACAAAAUGAUAACAUGUAAGAGAAUUGAUAAUUCUAUUAUAGUUGUUUCUAUAUAAUGUAAUAAUUAUUGCUUGAAUACCUUGAAUUCAAUGUCUUUCCUAUUGUACAUAAAUAAGUGGAGUAAUUCAAGUAACCUGUUGAGCAGAAAUGAUACAUGUUAUAGCCUUUCAAUGGCUUUAGGUCAAGAUGUCGAUUAAUAUAAGAGUAAAACUUGUCCACUGUGGUAGCAUCUAAUUCCGUUUUUAUUGAUUUUUUUUCGAUGUGUCACACACACUCUGUAACAGUAUUGUUUACUGGAUUAAGUUUUGGACAUGACAUAUCAAGAUAACUACACAACUUUGAGAUAUCCUUUAUACAGUUCUUUGGGUUCCUAGUGGAACAUAAGGCUUCAGUAGCACAUGGCCAUUUCACUCUCUUCUAUGAAACUUUUUGAACCUGGCUGCACGACUGUCUAUAACCUUUCACUCAUUCACCACACGGUCUUCUCCAUAUCACCUUCGCCUUGGACGUCCAACUCGUCGUUCAACAUUUGGGUUCCACUUGAGCAGCUGACCUGCCGCGUAAUGUCCUCAAACGGUCUUCUCAGUGUAUGUCCAAUCCAAUCCAAUUUACCUUGGCUUUCUUCUACAAAUUUGUUGGGUGAUAGAUUGUUGGUUGGUUCGUUCGUUGCCAGCCAGCCAGAGUUCCUCCUCGCUUAUUCUUAUUAUUCUGGUCAUCUAUCUGAUCUUCAGUAUGGAGUAAGCGUAGGUGAUAACUGUUGAUGUAUGUCCGUAGUUUGUUUGGAAUGCUUUUCGUAACGCGCCCAGUUUCUGAACCAUAUAGAAGCACUUACUUGACGUUAGUGUUUUAUUUUCAUAUAAUUGUAGACGAAAUAAGGAAGACAAAGACUAUUUUAACGGUGUUCUAAUAAUUAACUUCCAAUCAUUCAGCUUCAACUUAAAGAAUAAGGGAGGCAUUGAAGACUAGACUAACCCUAAGUGACUAAAUUUGCUUCAUCUUUUGAUUAUUCAGUGGUUUUGCAGUCUUGAUGUCUUCCUGAGGAUUGUGUUGCCGUCUUAGAAGUGUUAUGUAUGUAGUUGCAUUGGACAUUUAACUAGUAUUAUUAUUAUUUCUCUUUUUCGUUUUCUACCUGCUAUACACACACACACACACACAAAUGCAUGUACACAUCAGAACCAGCAGUAUAUCGUCAACUUCAACCUGCAUGAUGAUAAUUUCAACACUGUUUAUUCUAUUUGUUGGUUGGAUAAUCUCUGAAUCAUUAGCUGUUCUUCUACUCAGUGUGUUAUUAUUAAUUGAUAACUAUUCAUUCUGUCGACAAAAUUGUAUCAAUGUCAAAGAAGUUGAAUCAUUCAAUUAUUGUCAAACAUCCAACAUCCAAUCGACUGAUAUGUUGUUGUAUACGAAAGAAUUCCAUAGGAAAAAUUAUAUUAUGUUAUUUUAUUUGCUAAAAUGUCGAAUAUUUAUUCUCCUUAUUAUCUUGAGUUCAUUUAUGUUGGACGAUUGGAUAUCACUUAUUGAACGUGUUAAACAAUUUGAUUUCAGCCUAUCUGGUAUAUUAUUACAUCAUUAUACAUCCAUAAUAAGAUUGAAUCAUUUGAUAUCAAGUUCAUUGAUUCUUUUGCGUAUAUUAAUAUGGUUAUUACAAUUCGAUAUGGUACAUAUUCAAUCAUUGUCAUGGUUAUCAUCAUCAUCAUCAUCAGUAGUUCUAUUCAACAAUAAUAUGAAUUUCAGCAACAACAUUAUUGUAUAUAACUAUUAUAAUAAUAUGAAAAUUUAUCACCUUUUAAUAUUUUCUUGUAAAUUAUUAGCCUUAUGUUUAUUAUUGAGUAUAUUCAAUUUAGCAAUAUCAUUAUAUCGAAUUGUACAAUUCAGUGUUUUAAGCCUUGAAUGUAUCAGUUUAAUUUUAUGGUUCUCAUGUAAGUCGAUUAGCAAUUAUUAUCAAGAUGUGAAUAAACUGAAAAAAUUGAUUUAAAUUGUAAAAUCUUUUUUUUUUGUUCUCUGAAUUGUUG